UCGCCCGUUCUGCCAACAUGGCGACGUUAAGCCGUACACCAAGUAAAUUAUUCAAAAAAUUGUAUUUUUCACCAGUUUUAACACGUAAUUUUAGUAAUAUUAAAUAUGGUAAUUCAUAUAAAAAUGUUAUUAAAACAUGUGCCUGCGUAUUUGGUGGAGGUGUGUUGUUUUACGCCGUUAAUAAGCUGGGAAGGAGGAACACUGUCUACGCAUUGAAGGCCAAGCCGGACGAGCUGGCGAAGUCAGUGAAGCUGACGUCUCGCGAGCGGCGGUUCAUCAAGUUCGCCAGCGUAGAGUACGGCGGCCAGCUAUACAUGACUCCGCAGGACUUCCUCGAGUCCGUUGUCGAGCAGGAGCCGAGACCUCGCCUGAAGCGCCGCGUGCUAACCACCAAAGAAAUAGAGUACCUCCGAGACCACACUCCAGCGCUCAAGAAGGGCUCUCCACAGAUGUUUCGCAACCUAAGAGACAAAGGAAUUAUUUCAUACACCGAGUACCUGUUCCUUCUCUCUAUACUAACGAAGCCCGCAUCUGGCUUUCAGAUAGCAUUCAACAUGUUCGACACCGAUGGAAACCAAAGAGUAGAUAAGAAUGAAUUUCUAGUCAUACAGCGCCUGCUGGGUGGGUCGUUGAAGGAGCGUAAAGAUUUGGACGCGAAGAGCCAGGAGGCACUGCUUUCGUUAGUGUCCACAAGUGCACUGAGGAACAGGGUGGAACGUGCUGAAAACGCCAUUAACUCGUCAAUAAUGGAAAAGAUCUUCAGUUUCGCUUGGAAGGGCAAGCGGGGAAUGACUGACGAGGGAGCGGAGGGGAAGGACGGUCGGCCUCAGGAUACCUAUGUGAAUGACGAGCAGGGGUUGCAGCGACGACACAACGUUGACACCUUGCUGCAGGUACACUUCUUCGGUAAGAAGGGCACGAACGAUCUAAAAUUCGAAGGAUUCAAGCAAUUUAUGGAGAAUUUACAAACUGAGGUGCUGGAACUUGAAUUCCACGAGUUCGCUAAAGGACACGAGACUAUAUCCGAAGUGGAUUUCGCCAAGAUCCUGCUUCGCUACACUUACUUGGACACUGACGAGUACGACAUGUACCUGGACAGGCUGCUGGACCGCGUGAAGGAUGAGCGCGGCAUCACCUUCGAGGAGUUCAAGACCUUCUGCCAGUUCCUCAACAACCUGGAAGACUUCACCAUCGCCAUGAGGAUGUACACCCUCGCUGACCACCCCAUAUCCAAAGACGAGUUCCACCGCGCAGUGAAGAUCUGCACGGGCAUAUCGCAAUCGGAGCACCUGGUGUCUACCGUGUUCGCCAUAUUCGACGCGGACGGCGACGGCCUGCUCAGCUACAAAGAGUUCAUCGCCAUCAUGAAGGACCGGUUGCAUCGCGGGUUUAAGUCGUACGCCAAGAACGAAGGGUGGGAGGCGUUCAAGACGUGUGUCAAGCAAGAAAUGAAGAGCGCCGUAUAACUUGCUACGAGAGACGCGCCACCGUUUGCCAUAUUAUAACAUUAAUCAUCUAUCUAGGUACAAUGUUAGACAAGUUUUAGUAACGACAAAUUUGCAGAUCUCAGUAUUUAAUCGAUUUUGAUGAAUAGCCAAUAAUUAGUCACAAUUUCAAUUUUAGUCACUCAAGUAAUUAAUAUAUUGCGAUAUAAAGCCAAACCAGAAAUACGAAAACUAUCUAAAGAUAGUUGCAACGGAAAAGUCAACUUAAUAUUAACUCAGAAUCAUGGCCUGAAUCAUACCUCUUAAAGUUUUCUUUACGAUGUCACUAACAGGUGUUAGUGACAUCGUAAAGAAAACAAUAAGUUUGUAUAGAAAAAAUACGGUCGUGCGCGGAACGAUUUCGCAUUUCUGGUGAGGCUUUAAAUAUUUAAAAAGCUCAUACGUAAGUCAUUGCAUUAGGCUGAUCAAUCAUUACUAUAUUUAAUGAAUCGUAAUGUUACUUUGUUUCUUGUUUUCUCUAUGAAUUUACUAGUUACGUUAGAACACAGUUUUUAAAACGAAAUAACGGCGAUAAGGGAUUCUUUUGAUUAGGUAUGAGUCUGGCCAUACUUGUAAAGUUUUUUCUUAUUCGUGAUGCGACUCAUGUGUUUUCUUCUAAUAUUAUUAUAGAAAAUUGUAACUGGAAAACAAGUGAAUGUCGCGAAAUCUUGCCAACAUGGUUUUACUGGCCGAAAUUAUAUUUGUAACAAGCGAUGGUCGCUGCUCAAAGAUUAGUUAGUAAUCAGUUAUCAUCAUUUAGCUGUUUUGUGACUAUAGUAUUGCAGACAGCCAGUCGCAAGAGUCGAUGAAUUAUAGCUAGCAAAGAGAAAAUUGAAAUCGAAAAGAAAUCUAGCUCGGACGAGACUUGAACCCGCAGCUCUGAUCAAGCCGGUACGAGCGUGUUAACCACCGGGUCCUCCUGUCCAUGCGAAAUUACUUCGAUCUAUGUAUCGUCAUUAAUCCGACGCCAGCUCCAUCUAUCUAUAAUAUUGAGUACUAAUAUUACUUUGUCCCGGCUUGACAAAGAGUAAGUCCCGUCUCGAGUCCGACAUUUUUUAUUUUUUCGAUUUAAAUUUUCUUUUUCUGAGUUUCCCUGAGCACGGGUAAGUGCUAUAAAAACAAUAAUCAUGAUUGCUAGCAGUUUAAAACUAAUACCAGUACCAACAAACAUAAAUUACAUAAGUGAAGAGUUAGUCGCAUAAAAAAGUCGCCACAAGGUUACCGGAUACUCGCUUUACAAGUUUGGCACACCUUCGCCUGAAUUCUACAAUUUGUAGUGAAGUUGUUUUCUUACCUUAGAAUAGGAUAAAUAAUUUGUUGUUGUUAAUAAUUUAUAUUUUUCUUUAUUCAGUGGUUGUCACACAGUGAGAUUUUCUAGUGUUACUCGUAUAAGCGAUAUUUAUUUUAAUGUUUUCAGUGAUUAUAUAAUGAGUGUCGUGUUCUCUUAAGAAAAGGAGAUCUUAAAAGGCAAUACAUUUGAAAAGCAAUAUUGCUUUUUAGAUACAUUGCUUUGAAGUGGCCUUUUUAACCCCCAACGGCUUUCUUAUUAAGGGACAUUUUGCGAGCCCUUGCCUUUUCCUUAUAAUGGAUGUUAAAAAUAUUUUUUCAGUAUUCAUAAAUAAUUUAUUGCACAAAAUAUUAUUCUGUGGAGCCUUUUGUAUAAUGUAAAUAGCAGUUUGAAAUACGUAUUUGUAAAAAUCAUGACUUAACUUUUUUUAGUUCAAGUAUUUGUUUACAACUGAAUGGCAAGUUCAAGAAGUAUCUACUACCACACCCCAGACCCUUCUCGUUUUACACAGACACAACACAAUGAGGUUAUCGUACACGCGCAUCUGUGUGUGACGUCUGACGCCAUACGAUUGAAGACUAAAGUAACACCGAAGGGCGUGAAGUAAACCUAGCUCAGCCGCUGGUGGAGAACAUAUAGAUAGACCAUAGUCAGAUCAUAGUGUUGAUUUGAACUUGGCCAUUAAAUUUAUUUUGCUUUGACAAAUAGGAUCAGGAGGCCUCUCAAACUAAUAAAAAACUUAUCUGUUAUGAUACAUUUCCAUUUAAGUUGCUAAAGUGAAUCGCUCUAUUAACUGCAUUUGACUAAAUGACAGCUCGCGACAAAGUUUAGGUUGACAUUGGCCCCGAUUCUUGCAGACACCUAAUUUAAGUUAUACACGUCAUUAUCUUAUCCCCUGAACAGGAAAGGGACGGAGUUGUCAAUACAACUGUUAAUUUUAAAAUGAAUAAAUAACCCGGGCGAAUAAAAUAGGCAUCUCGCUGAUAUGCAACACGUUUGACGUGUGUUGUUAUCAACUUAAUUCUGCUGGGUUAUUGAUCAAUAUAACAUUUUGGGAGGGUGGUUAUACCUGUCGAUUGCCCGUCUCUUUCCUUUUCGGCGGAUAAGAAAAUUACAUGUAUAACACAAUAAAGUUAGAUGGUGUGUACUGGAAUCAGUGCCAUUGGCGAUUGUGGCAGAACAAACUUAAUUGUAAUUUGUCAAUUUUAAAACUAGCUCAAUUUCUGUCUCGCACGCAUCGUAAUAAGUGAAGGACGGUUCCAUUUUUAGUCCUGUCAAAGUAAAAUAAAGUUUUGUUCGCUGGUAAGUAUCUGUUAUGCGAUUCCGCUUUGCACUCACACGCUGUAAAUUGGUUGAUCCUAAUCUCCAUUACUUAGUGCCAUUGUGAUAAGAAUAGGCGGAACAGUUUAGGACCUCAAAUGGACGCAAUAAGAGUUCGUAGUAAACGCCUCCCUUUUCCUAAAUUCUGCCUUAGUCAUUAAGCCUACCAUAUAUUUUUAUGUUGAUGUUACUUAAUGAAUAUUUGUGCUAGUCAUUAACUUAAGUGUAAUGAAUAUUUGUUGUCAACAAAUUUAAAUAUUGUCUCAAUUCAUUAUUCAAGAAUACCAAAAUUACUAUUAAACUUACUCUGUUAAUAAAUGCGCAAAAGUA